GCCUUUCUGGGUGCUGGUAGCCAUGCUGAACUGACUGCUGACGUGCUCAUUUUCUGUGCUUGUUUGUGUCUUUCCCAGGAGAUGAACCAGGCAGUGCUGGAGCUGGCUUCGGAAAUCUACAUUGGAAGAUCUGACUGGACCCUGAAAAGUUCUGGUGCCACCACUGACAUGCGGAGAACUUUGAAGACCUAUGACUCGAAAGACAAUUGGGUCGGCAGGGUUAUAGGGUUCUUGUGCACUCCCAACCCUCCUGAUACGAUUUUCCAGCUGGAUGUUUCCCCAGGAAACUGCUGGCCUUUACAAGGGGACCGGGGCCAGGUGGUCAUCCUGUUGCCAGCACGAGUCCAUCUGACUGCUGUCAGCAUGCAGCACAUCUACAAAGAGGUCGCUUCACCUGGCACCGUCACCAGUGCCCCCCAAGACAUCGCUGUCUUUGGAGUGAAUGCAGACACAGAAGAGGAAACUCUCCUUGGGACGUUCGUGUACAACGUGGCAAAAGAGGCCAUUCAAACCUUCCCUCUGAAGAAAACACACAGAGCCUUUUCACACAUCAAACUUACUGUGGAGAGCAACGGGGGAAACACAGCCUACACCUGCAUUUAUCUAGUGCAGGUUCAUGGAAAGAUGGCAAAACCAGAAAACCUCAACUGAAACCAGAGCAGAAAAGGAACACAAAUAAAAAAGA